ACGACGCCCUCAAACCUUAACGCACGCACAGGUUGGGCUCGCGUGAGCUCAGACCGACUAUCGAGGUCCUCAAAAGUUGCUGUUAAGAGUCUAAAACGUUGACGAAUAGCGUUAGAUCUUAUCUUAAACGAGGGCAGCCGCGUCGAGAUUGCUUUACUUCUGAGUGACAUUCCAACACCUUCCGCUUCUUACAAAGUCGCCGGCUCCGCCAACACCGGUGAGUGGAGUGAAACGCGACGCGGUGUCAGAGUGUCAAAACAGAGCGGGGUGGUUAUAAGCUUGUGGAGGGAUCUCGCAGCUAUGCAUCCGGACAGGAGGUAAACUCUCAGAAACACAACAUGACACACGUUCCUGAAGAGCUAAGAGCUAAUCUUGGUCACUUCCUGAGGGGGUUGCCACUCUGAAACUUUCCCAAAUUACGAAAGAGUCGUAUCAGUCUAUGCAAAUAUCUGUUCCAUUAUCUUUGAAGUGACGGAUGCAAAUCCCUUAUUACCGUAGAAGAUGUGCUCGGGUGAAGUUUUACUCACUUUGUAUUGUGCAGAUCUUACACCUUUUUUUCAAUUUUAAUUCAUUUCUUUAUUGUGAAUCUUUUCAAGUGAUUUGUCUUCAUACCCAAAAGCGGAUAUUCAAUUGUUGUGUUGUAGUAGAUUAUCAGUCAAAUACUUCUUCAAUGGUGUGACAGAGUACACAUGAUGAGUGUUGUAGUUGAGUCCAUUAUUAUAAAAAAAAAAGAAGAGAAAAAGGACGGGAGGAACCAGGAAAUGACUCACAAGACUCACUUGUGGCAGGACAAGGAGCACAAGCAGCACUGUGUGAAAGAACUUCAGUUUGUGCUCAUACCACCGGUAUAAAAACUGGAGCUUGCUAAAAUAACUUGACAGUAGUGGAGGGGUUUUGAUGAAUAACUAUGAUGUUUUUCUUUUGUGUUGCAGGUAGCAUGGGCCUGCUGGCCUCUUUCAUUUUUGCCCUGAGUUUGUUUCAUGUUGGAAACACCACAGAGGUUAGACAUGUUUUCUGUGAGGAUAUCAAAGUGGAUGGAGGUUACAAAUAUGAGUACACACCCUUUGAGGGCAAAAUAAGGGCCAAUUGGAAUACAAACACGCCCAUUGCUGAACUGAAUAACGGAGAGCUCGAUAAGACUAAGGAUGUGGUGGACAUGACUGACUCUUACAUCAUCACCAAGGAGUGCAAAGAUCUGCUGAUGGAGUUCAAGAAAGUCAAUGCCCUUAUGUUCCCAAUUGAAUACAAAGUCAAUUCCACCAAGGGCACUUCUCACACGGACACAUCUGGGUUUUCAUGGCAAUUACCCGUGGCAGUUGGAGGUGGAAUUGCACUUGUCAUUUUGUCACUUGUCAUUGGAGUUGUUUCAUAUUACUGUUGGUGGAAGAGAGGCGCGAGUGGAAGGGACUUUGCUGGAUAUGUUGACUUCUUGAAAACCAGGUGUCAGGAGCUGUGCGCUCGCCGACAACGUGAAAGGAGGAGCCGAUGUAAUGAUGGCGGGCCAAGUGAACGUGACCCUGCCUUGACCCCUUGACCUUUGCCGAGCCAGUCACUGACGCGGAGUUAGGAUCUGGCCAGAAGAAGAACCAGCCAACAGAAUCUUAUAAUAUAUAUAUUUAUAUAGAUAUAAAACUCAGGGUUUCCCGCGGCACUUGGUCGAUAAGAUCUCCGACUUGCCCACGUCACUACACCACACCCAUGUAGAUUUUAUUGGACAUAUUAUAAUAUUCUGCCCCUAAUUCGUCGUAACGUGAUAGUCGUAGCUGCUCACCCCGCUAGCGCUGACUGCUAACUUGACACACGUCCACAAUUGAACCUCAAACUGAAAGUGACAGAGCAUGGUCUGUGGCAUUAUGAACAUGGUGCCACGUAGGUGCUUCACUAUUCCACAGGUUUGUUGGCCUCCGUCUUGACCAAGCGGGAAACCCUGAAUCUUAUAUGAUUUUAUACUGUGCUGUGAUUAGCACUAGAACUUCAAUGUCUGCUGACUUUCAAAGCUAUGUACUCAUACUUUUCAUGUGCGUUUUUGUGGGGAGAGGGGGUGAUUUUUCUGUCUUAUACAGUGCUACCUCGGUUUUCGAACGUCCUGGCCUUCAAACAAAUCGAAGUUCAAACACAAAUUUCGAGAUUUUUUUGCUUCAGAUUUUGAACAAAAAUCCAGAACUCAAACGUCCCCAAAAAAGCCGGAAAAAAUGUGCGCGGACCGAUCAGCUGACCCACGACGUGCUUUGUUGUGUAUAACGCAGCCUCUGUAUGCAGACGUGUCCCGUUAGCUACAUUUACUGACUGUUUUUUCUUCACAUUGAGGUGUAAAACCUUUCCUGUCUCCGCACUGGACUGUGGUAGAGUGUCACAGGUGCUCGCUCUCCACACUCCAGGCUUUGAUGUCCUGUUGUGGGCUGGAGCUGGGACAGGGAUGAGGUGAGUCUGGGACAGAGCAUGACUUGGUUUAUGACUUUGUCACAGCCAAACUGCACAGAAGCGCACAUUCAGAGCUGGACACGCACCGGGCACCUCUUCCCUUCUGGAGAGACGUCACUCACUCGGCAACCCCUCCCACAUGCAGCGGCCACACACAUAGAGGAACAGCGCACCUGCAGCAGACACUCUACAUUCACUCCUACAAAAGACUAUUUUAAGGCUUGGAACACAUAAUUUCUUUUUCCAUUCAUUGUAAUGGGAAAAAUCUAUUCAGAUUUCGAACAAUUCGCUUCUUGAAUGGCCAUCUGGAACGGACUGUGGUCGAGAACCGAGGUACCGCUGUAAUUUCAACUGAAAGCAGAGACCACUGUGCAAGUGGGCGGUCGAAAGAGACCAAAGACGGCAGGGUGGUUGGUCGGAGUAUUUCCCUGCAAUGGUAGAUGAAGUGGGACAGAUACGAGAGCGGAGAAACGGCGACCUAACCAGAAAAACGGUUGUGUUAAUGGUCAAACAAUGAUCAGCGUUCGUGCAGAAUGUUCCGUCAGGCAUUUGUCAAGCACCCAGUGAAGUUUGCAAGUUUGCAUUGCGUCACUAACCAGAAUGCUACUCGGGAUCGGAGCUGGAAUGAGGACAUCUAAUCCACCAUGUCGAGACCGGUGAGAAAGGAAUGAGCAACACUCCAAACAAGACAGAGUCCCAAGUGUGAAAAGCAUCUUUGAAUAGACUGAACUGGAGGUCCAGAUUGAUAUAUCGCCCUGCCUUGAGUCUUAAUCUUAAUCCCCAACUAAUCCCAAAUAAGUCUCAAUAUUCUGUUUUUAAAUAACAAUAUAUUCUGUUUUUAAAUAACAAUAUUCUGUUUUUAAAAAAGGUGGAUGUGACAAAGUGUUUUAAAUGUCUUUUUUUACUGUUUUGACAAACAUGUUCAAGUAGGUGGGAAUGAUUUCUUUUUUCGAAGCAGACAUGUAUUGUUCACUUAUUCUCUGUUCCUUGGUUUGUCAUGUUUCUUCUUGAACAUUAAUCAAAUAUAUUCAUCUGUUUAUUGAGGAUAAAAGUGUGGACUCAGACCAAAAACAUUCUCAAUGGUUCUAACCUUCCUGCUCUUAUGUGUUGUUUGAGUGCAACAAUAAAGUGAGA